UCUUUGUACCUCAGAGUUGCAGGAGAAGCCUUGUCGAUCGCAUCCAUACCAUCUAUGGUCACAUUGGGACAUCGAAGUUGCCAGGGUUGCUGAGCAGAGACUUUUACUGGCCUGGAUUAUCGGGAGAUGCUCGACGUUAUGCAAAAAACUGUGCCACCUGCGUGAAGUUCAAGGGCUCUUGCGUGUUGCGGGCCGGAGGAUUGGGUACAGACUGUACC